AUGCACUUCAAUCACACAAGGCCAAGCAUGGAGCACAUCGCCAGAUCAAGCCUACGGGCAACGAGAUCGCAUGUCUUACGACAAGCAGCACGACGACAGACAAGAUGCAUGUCGUCGUUCCCACCAUUUGCAACACAAAGCGCGACCCCUCCACGACCACCCACAUCGGCACUCCCAAUGCCCUUUGUGACAGAAACAGUGGGUGGCGGUUGGCACACAUCGGACAUCUUCUCGCGCCUCCUCAAAGAACGCAUAAUCUGCCUAAACGGCGAAGUCGACGAAACGACCUCUGCCUCAAUCGUCGCCCAACUCCUCUUCCUCGAAGCCGAAAACCCCUCCAAACCCAUUAGUCUCUACAUCAACUCCCCCGGCGGCUCCGUCACCGCCGGCCUCGCAAUCUACGACACAAUGCAAUACAUCCAAUCCCCCAUCACCACAAUCUGUCUCGGUCAGGCGGCCUCCAUGGGCUCGCUGUUACUCUGCGGCGGUGAGAAGGGACAGCGGUAUUGCUUACCCCAUUCGAGGAUCAUGGUCCAUCAGGUGUCCGGGGGUUACUCGGGGCAAGCGAGCGAUAUUGCGAUUCAUGCGAAGGAGAUUCUGAGGGUUAGAGAGCAGUUGAAUGAGAUUUACAGGAGGCAUUUGACGGUUGAGAGGAGUCUGGAGGAGAUUGGCAGGGUUAUGGAGAGGGACUUCUUCAUGGGGGCGGAGGAGGCGAGGGAGUGGGGGAUUGUGGAUAAGGUGCUUGAUAGGAGGGCGCAGGUCGAUGAGGGGAAGAGAUGA